AUGAAGUCACCAAUCAACUUAUACUUUAACUUGAGCAACUUGGAGAACUUAAAGGUCCUUCAUCGUUGUCCAUCACUGUUGCAAAUUGCCAAGGAGCCAGAGGAUCAAUAUUCUUUAUCUCUACAGGCGCAGAACACCGACGUCGAGCAGACACCAACCAUUCUGGACAAUGCCGCUAUCUACGAGACCUCCUUCUUGUUGACAUUCUCACAUGUGCAUACCUACUGCGCCACUUACAAGCGCCACGAUCCCAAGUUGCCCACGAGGAGGGAGACUCUGAUUAUGGAGGAUGGUGGAACGGUCUCUUUGGAUUGGUUCGAGCUUGGAGACUUUAAGCCCGACACUCCAACCAUUGUCAUGCUACAUGGUCUCACUGGAGGAUCACACGAGCUCUAUGUUCAACACUGUGCCCAUCAUGCCUAUCGAAAGAAGGGAUUCAGAUCUGUUGUCUUCAACUACAGAGGAUGCGCUGACAAUGAGGUCACUGCCGACAAGACCUACAGCGCAGCCUACACAUGUGACCUAAAGUUGGUCAUCAAGCAUAUCCAGCAAGCAUUGCCAGAGGCCAAGUUGUUUGCAAUUGGCUUCAGUUUGGGCUCGUGCAUUCUUGUCAAGUACCUCAGCCAGGUUGGCGAGAACUCACCAUUCAUUGCACAUUGCAGCGUAUCGAACCCUAUGGACAUGCGCAAGUCAUCUGUCAAUCUUAGUUCCAAUUUCAUCAAUCACAAGUUCUACAACCAACUACUGGCCAACAACCUAAAGGGCCUGUUCACCAAGUGGGGCAACAGGUUGGAGCAGUACUGUAGCAGAGCAGAGGUUGAAAAGGCCGUUACCAUCAAAGAUAUUGAUGAUCUGGUCACAAAAAGGGUGUUUGGAUACCCAACAGUUGAUGACUACUACAUCGAUGGCAGUAGUUGCAAUCAUAUCGAGGCCAUCAAGAGGCCAAUACUAUUCAUCAGUUCAACGGACGAUCCCAUUUCACCAGUGUGUGGACUACCCUUCAAGAAGAUUAAGGAGAAUCCUCAUACCAUUCUGGCCACCACAAAGUAUGGUGGACAUCUUGGCUUCCUCCACAACAUGUCCUUGAAGGAUAGUUCAUGGAUGGAUCAAGCAGUACUCGAGUACUUCACUGCCUACUUAAAUUGA